GGCGGUUCCGGGCGCAGGUUUCCUUCCGGACGCUUUUGAGCAGCGGACCUGGGCGCAGGCGCUUGAGGCGCGCAGGCAGGCGCCGUUGUCAUGGCAGUGCGCGCUGCCGAGCUGCACGAUGCGAUCCAAAUGGAAUUGGAAAGCAGCUCCAGCCUCAGCCAGGACUCCGUGGCCAGCCUCACGGCGGGCGAUGUGCUCAUUCGCUCCACUGGUGUGCACAGGGAGAAGCCCAUCGAAGCUGUGGCAGCUGCCGGUGGCCGUGUGACAAAGGUGCCGGUCGCUGUCAAGAAGCUGCGGGAGGUUUCUCCCUGCCAGGCAGCGGAUGCGGCUUCGACUGGAAGAAGAACACCCUGUGUGCCUCCUGCCUUGUCAGCAAGCAGGACUCCGUGCAGGGAGGUAGCCCCUGACACCCUCCGCAGCGCCUCUUCAGAAGGCUCAAGUACUAAAGGACAUCCAGAACACCUGAUUGCAGCAGAAAAUUCACCCAUGGACUAUCCUAGGGAAGCUGCAGCACAAGAAGAUUCUUCACUGCUUGUUGAAGAUAGCAGAAGACCUAAAGAUGAUGUUUUUAUUUCUCAAUAUGCUACUGGCCAGAAAGAGGCUUUAAGAGCAGUAUUAAAGCAAAAAACUCAACAUGCUCCUGUGCCUAAGCAGGUGAAGGUACAGUUCUUAGGAAAUGCCCACACAGAGAAAAAGGAAAGUGCUGGUCCUGACACCAGGUCAGCACACCAUGAAGCUGAUUCUGCAACAACCAUUGCAGCAGCAACUGCUGCUGCCAUUGCUACUACAGCUCCACUGCUUAAAGUUCAGAAUGAUUUGGAAGCAAAAGUUAAUUCAGUUUCAGCACUAAUUCAUAAACUACAGGAGACAGACAGACAUCUGCAGAGUGUUGCUGAACAGCAAACAAAUAAAAAGACUCAGCAUGAGGAGCCCCACUGUCAUGAAAGAGUCCAUGAGCUUGAGAAACAAAUGAAUGCUUUCAUGGUGCAACGGAUUCAGCACUUGGAAAAGUUACAGGAGCAACAAAUGAAAAUUCAGUCUCAUCUCAUCAGCUCUGCAGUCAACUCAGGUGGCUUACAGCAAAUUCCUGUGCCUUUCUCCAGUCUCAUGGCAAAACAACCUGAGAAGCCAGAACAGCAACUGCUUAUGGACAGAGGGCCUUCAUAUCAGAGGGAUUUAUUUCCUACCACUACCCAAGCAUGUUCAAGCCAAUUUCCAAGUCAUGCCAUUCAUACACAAAAAUCUCCUCCACGUACUCCAGUUCCUCGGAGGUGUGCUCCAGAACCUGUAUCAAAGAAUGUGACACUCUCAAACAAAGGAAACCCUGUAACAGCAAAGGAAAAUGUCCAUAAAUCCACAGAUGCAGGUACUGUGGGUGAAGGGAGCCUCCGUGAGCGCGUUCUGUGUUCUCAAGGAAUGCCACUGAAGCAAACUGAGUCUUCUGAGGAGACAGCAUUAAAGAGUAAUAAAAUGAGCUGGCAUUCUGAGAGAGACAGGCACACUGCUCUGCAUCCAGAUGGGAUCCCUGCUCUGGAGAGCUCCUCCCAAAAUGCCAGUUCUGUUGAGAAGACAGUGAAAAAAGCAGAUGAUUUACUUGAAGAUCUUGGCCACCUGAGACAAGAAAUGCACAAUAUGCUGCAGGAAGCCAGUACCUGGAAAUCAGACAUGAAUGAGCUUAUUAAGGAAGCAAAUACAUGGAAGUUGGACAUGAAUGAGCUUAUUAAGUUAAAAAAGCCCACUGCUGCAUCUGACCUGCCUGAAGAUCAUCAGCUCAAUAAACCGUCCAUCCUUCAAAGUGUUAAAGUGCCAACAUCUAUACUGAGUGAUGCUGAAAGGAUUUUGAGAGGAGUUCAGACCAACAGAAGAGUUCUUGACGAGAAUCUGGAGGCCAUCGUUCGCGCCAAGGAUGCGGACGCCAUGUAUGCUUUCAUCAAUGCCUUCACUGCACACAGAGAUGUAUUGGAAGAAGUUCGUAUCAGAAGGACUGUGGAUGAGUGGAUUAAGACAAUCAGUGAAGAAAUCCAGGCUGAAAUGGCAAGAAAUGAUUCCAAACAGGUGAACUAUGAUCAAAAGGUCCCCUGGAUCAAGAGAGCCCAAAACAUCAAGGCUAUGAAGACCAACAGAGAAAUUAAAGAAAGGAAUAAAAAAACCCAAGGAUGCUCAACAAAGAAGCCUUUAUCUGCAGCUAAGUCCUUGCAGAAGCAAGCAGAAGAUAACAGAAGCAAACAGAAGUGUAGAGCUUACUUUUCUUCUGACAGUUUGCAGAGGAAGGAAGAAAGGGCAGCUGUGAGUUCCCAGGGCCCUGUGAGUGGAAGUGCAGUGGCACAAAAUGAAGACUAUCUGCAGCAUGUGUAUGGGAAGCCAAUUUACCAGGGCCAUCGGAGCACGCUUAAGAAAGCACCAUACCUGAGAUUCAACUCUCCAUCUCCCAAAUCUAAAGUUCAGAGACCCAAGGUGAUAGAGUGUGUUAGAGGUACAAAGGUAAAGUCAGCAAGGACACAGACCUGUUCUCACACACAGAAGGUGGUAACCAGCCCCAGGAAGCAGCUUCCUUUAUACCCUCUUGCCCGAGAAAAUAAGUAUCUUUUUAGUCCAAGUCAAGAUGUGCCUGCUGAGUGUGGUCCACUUGAAGGUCACCUAAUUCCUAUGGCUAUUCCAUUAGGUCAAACCCAAAUUAGUGACACCUCCCUGCUUCCUGCUGGAGUAGUUAUUGGUAAACCACACCCUGUAACAGUUACAACCUCCCUUCCUCAAGUGCCACCAAAACCAGUGCUUGAGGUGAAGAAGCCAAACAUAGCUGUAAUAGAGAUGAGAUCAGAGAAGAAGGAUCCACCUCAACUAUCUGUGCAGGUGUUACCCAGUGUAGAUAUUGACAGUGUUUCAAGUGAUGGUGGAAGUGUAAACCACAUUCUUCCGGGCUCAGAACCUGCAUGUGCUCCUGUCAAGGCUGUGAUCCAGCCUCCAGAAGAUCUCCAUAGUGAGGAGGAAGACACAAAGUUUCCAGGAAAUAAUUUCAUUGAUGUUACUGAUGUCAUGCAGGAUCAAGAAGAGGAGAGAGAUGAAAUUCCAGAGUUCUGUGAGCCUCUUCUGGAGCUCAAUGGACAGUUUAAAGUUGCCUCACCAAAAUACAAUGGUCCUUUGUUUCCUCCAGUGGCUUCUACUCCUCAGCAGUCUUCUGAUGUUUUGGAUGAGCUGAUUCAGAGAAGAGAAACUAUAGAAAACAAGUUGAUAAAUUGGGUGGAACAAGAAAUAAUGGCAAAAAUUAUCAGUGGGAUGUGCCCAGUUCAGAAAGAAACAGUCCCCAGUGUGAACACCUCAGAAAGUGAAGACAGUGAGGCUGCCACCUCUGACAUUGUUGAAUUUGCAGGUGGUAGAGGAUUUCAGCUCUUUAUCAAUGCUGGCUUGCCAGUGGACUCAGACAUGAUAAGUCACUUGGUAAAUGAAGCUCUUAGUGAAACAAUUGCCACUAUGCUGGGCAACAGGCAGGCUGAGACAGCAGUUCCUGCUACAAAUGUUCUUCCAAGUACAACAAUCACUGUGGAUUCUCAUGUGCCUACUCCAUUGCCAACACCCCAGGCCACACCACCACAAACACCACCUUCAGAAAAAGAAUUGCCCCCAGUCAAAACUCCAGAGUCUUCUCUGUCUCUCACAGAAAGGAGUGGGAAUAUUCAAGAACCUGAAAAAACUAAAGAAACAGGGGUUAAGAUUCCAGCUGCCCCUGCUCGUGUUGGCACACCUGUGGUUACCCCUGUCAAUACACCUCCUAGAACAGCCACACCAAGCCCUCCUUCCUCAGAAUGCAUCUCCAAAGACGCAAACAUGGCAAGUCCAAAGCUUCCAAACCCGUGGGAUGAUGCAGAACUUCCUCUGGAAGAAGAAAAACCCAUUCCUGAAGAACUGUUUCAUCCCAAGGCAGUAGAAAUGUCAGUGGCUAAUGAUGAGGAACCAGAGGCUUUGAUUUUACCACCUCAGCAGUCAUCACCAAAGGUCCUUGAAUCACUUCCUGCUGAUCCACAGGUUCCUCCAGGUAGUUCUGAGCAGUCGACCCAGGAAAGCAGCAUUACCCUCACAGAAACAGAAACUGAAGACAGACCCAUUUCAGAAGGGGAGGUGCUCUUCAGCUAUGGGCAGGUGCUUGCUGAAGGAGCCUUAGCAGAAGGAGGACUAUCUCUUCCAAACCAUACUGAGAGCUUAACCAGUACUUUACGGGAUGCCAAUGAAAUGGAUUCUGAUCCUCCCAGUGAGGGGCAAGUGGUGAGAAGACCAGGUAAAGGCUUUCACAGGGAUCCUGUCCUGAUUCUUUUAGCCAAACUGAAUCAAGCACCAGGGACUGCACAAGAAGGGAUGUACCAUUUGGAGGAUUCUGAUGACAGUGUCGGGGAGCUCAGUGAAGGUCAAAGACCGAGGCUGGCCAAAGCAGCAGAGAGAAUCCUGGGGGGACACUCAGUUUGUAUGAACCCUCCAACUGCUCAGACCUCUGAGAGCAGACCACACCAGGCCUUCCGUUCUCUAUCACCAGGGCAGCUUGGCCAAACUGCAGAUCUUCUUGGAGAUGCAGAUACAAAUCAUGGUCCAUUGCUAAUGGCUGAACUAGAAUCACAGCCAGUUUCAAAUCCUGAUCUGCAUUCAGCCCAAUUAAGCUGCAGUGUGACUUCUGUCUCAGAGGAUCUGUCCCAGGAGUUAAGCCAAGGAGCUGCUGAAGUUGAGGCUGUGAGACCCAGAGUUAUUCAUGUGAGAAGCAAGUCUGGAGGGACACAACAAGAAGGAGAUGCUCUUGGUCCACAUUUAAAUCCAGGUGUUUCUGCAGCCAAGAUGUCAGUGAAGCUGCCUUAUGUGGACACAGACAACCAACCAGAGAGUGUGAGUAGUGCACACAGCACAUCAGAUUCUUCAGGGAAGGACACAUUUUAAAGCUUAUGGCUUUUCAUGACAGUUGCUGCCUGAAGAUUUAGUCAUUGGCACAUUUGUCUGACUUAAGUGUGACAUUCUUGGGUGCUUCAGCAAAUCGCCAGUCUUUCGGGGCUGUUUAUUUUCUACUGCUUUGUCUUAGGAUUUUUGUUAUGAUUAUGAAUUUAGACAGUUAUUCUGCCUGUGAAUAUGUCAAAUAUUUUUUUAAGCCAAUAAAAUGCAAUUCUCUCUCA